ACUUUUAUAUGAUACUUAGACUACACCACAUAUGUUGUUUCGUUUAAUGUGAGGAAAACUGAAGAAAGAGAAAAGAACCAAGAAACGUGUGCAAGCAAUAGAUAGAAACGAAAUUGUGUAGAUCAUUGACUAUUGCCAUUUGUGAAUCAUGACUUUUUGAUACGGCUUUAUCUAUGUCCUUCAGACAUGUCUAGGAAGGCACUUACAUUUUUGUCACUCUGCCUUCUGAAAACGACAUAUACUACAAGCAACAUUGUCUCUUAUGCACAUAACAGACGUCUUAUUUUCUUAUUAUGAUAAUUAGUUCAGCGAUCCUACACGUCUUACGAGGAACCUCGCGAGGUGAUAUUUCGCAUUAUUGUCGCCGACAAAGAUUUUGUUAUCCACGAAGUUAUCUUCUAUGAAAAACCAUUAAUUAAAUUAGAAAGAAGAGGUUGGGCGAGAGCUAUUGAAACAUUUUUAAAUAUCGACGACAAUACUCGUGAAAAAGUUCUUAACACUUUUUAUUGUCCAAAUGAUAUUCUAGAGGCGAAAAAUGAUGCUAUGAAAAUAUUCUAUAAUUUAUUAGACAAUGAAUCAAUAAAACUUAACGAUCAAAACACAAAAGAAGUAAUAAGUUUUAUAUCUAUUUGUAACGUUAACACACAUACUAUCAAUGAUUAUUUUGAUGGUCUUUAUGAAAUCUCAUCCAAAUUCGCACAUAGUUGUGCUCCAAAUAUUGCUUGUAAUUCAGCAGAUAAAGACGAUAAUAACGGACCUAUAUAUUUUGAAGCAAUCAAAAAUAUAAAAACUGGUGAUAUGAUGACAAUUGAUUAUUUAUUAUCUAUGGAAUCUAUUAUGUCAACAUCUCAGCGUCGAGCCAUUUUAAAAGAUAAAUACUAA